UUCUUCCCCUCCAUCGAGCUCUCUCUCUCUCUCACUAAAAUCAAAACCCUCUCUGUUUCUCUCUCUAAAACCUCCCAUCGUCUGAAACAACAACAGAAUUUUUCAGAUGCCACAAGUCGAUCUCGAGAACUUUGUUUCUUCCGUAUGUUCAGGAGGAUCCGACCGCAAGAUCUCUUGCGAGACCCUCGCCGACCCGACCCAUGACCCGAAAACCAGAUCCCACUACGUAUCCGCCGCCUCUCCGCCGGAAUCUUACUUCCUGUCCAGGGAAGCACAGAUCGCGUGGCUGAGUCAGAACGCGUUCUUCGAGCGCAAAGAAUCCCAGAAAGGAAACUCUGCUUCGAAUUCGAAUCCGGGUUCAAAUUUCAACCCGAAUUCGAACCCGAAAACGAAUUCGCAGCGGAUAUCGCUCAAGUCUAAGGCGUCAAUCAUCGGAUUGCCGAAGCCGCAGAAGACUUGCUUCGACGAGGCCAAGACCCGGAGAAAUUGCAGAAUCGCCAAGACCUUGAUGAUCCCGAAACGGGUCGGGUCGAGGCCGAAAUCGGAUCCCUCGUUGUCUGAACCGUCUUCGCCGAAGGUGUCUUGCAUCGGGCGAGUGAGAUCCAAACGUGAUCGCAGCCGCCGGAUCCGCCGUCAGAAAUCGGUCCGGUCCGACACAGUUAUCGAUAAACCGAUCAGGGACAGAAAACCCGGUUUUCUCGCCAGCUUCAGGGCAAUCUUCAGGACCGGAGGAGGAUGCAAGGACGUAUCCGCGACGGCUCAUGGGUCACACCUGUCGCCGGCGACGCGAGACAUCAGGAGCCGGCUUCCACCGGAUGAUGUGGACGCAGUUCGGUUUGUUCAUAACCGGUUUGAGGAACCGGUCUUUUCGAGAAGGUCGUGCGAUGAACCGGUUAGGUCCGGUUUCGGUGCGAUGAACCGGUUUUCGUCUGGGAGGAGACCGGAUUUGUUGGUUGAUGUUGACGUGGCAUAACUUGCGCCGUCUGAUACGGGGUACCAGUAUGGGGCCCAAGUCGGUGUGUGAUUGGCUGGUUGGUGGGUCCCACAAAUUUUCCUCUCUGAAAAGUCGUUGGUGCUGACGUGGCGAUUGUGUAACGGUUUUCCCACCAAAGUAAACGCGUACGUCAGUGAUUUUCGGGCUAUUUCCCAAACGCGCCGUUUUUGUCACUUCUUACGUGGUUUAUUUACGUUUUUACGUUGAAUUUUUGCUCCUCCUUGGGUUUUCCUUUUAUUUUCCUUAUUUGGUUGUAAAUAGUUAUCUAUAUUUGUAUAUGCGAAUUUUUGGUGAAUUUUGGAAAUCUAGGUAUAUAUAUAUUGUG